UUGACGAAAAACCGCGGUGCAGAUAACAAAACUACUCUCUUUUAACUUUUUUUAUUGUAAAAAAUGAAAAAAAAAAAAAAAGACGCAAAAUGAAGAGGAAGCACGGAGAAGACACCCCCGAUCCCCAUCAAGAUGCUCCUCCUCCGACGAAGAAACCCACUCUACCAGUGAGUUGGCGGCGCCACCACCGUCGUAGAAGUGAUGGGAGUUCGAGGAGUGAGAAGGAGAGGAAAAGAGGAAAAGAGAAAAAGAAGAGGAGAGAAGGAGAAAAGACAAAGAUAGAGAGAGGAAGAGAAGAAAUUAUAAGCCCGAAUCACCAGCAUCCGGUUCCGAGGAGAGGGAGAUUGAGAGAGUUCGGAUUAGCCCAGGAGAUGUUGAGUGCAUUUCAUAAUGUUGGCGGUGACAUGAAACAGCUUCUCCAAAUAAUUGAUGAUGGACAAGUUGUUGACAUAAAAGGGAUAUCUGAAAGGUCCUUGAUCAAGCAUUUGAAUAAACUUUUUAUUUCGCUAAAUCUCAAGGAAAAUGGGGAUAGGAUUUUUUUGCUGCCUCCAAAUGUUCGUCCUAAUUUGGAUGUUGUUGGACCCCUGAUUCAGCUUGUGCAGAGCCCAAAGAGCAGCAGCUCGAUCAUUCUAUUCCGUCUAAUGAUGUGGAUUCUAUAACACCAGACACGGAACAUAAACAAGAAACUAAUGACAAUAAUGUGGCAAUGCCAUCUUCAAGAAAUGAUGCUUCUGCGCCUAGAAGAAGGGUGAUUGGCUUUGAAAUGCCAUCUGCUGAGUUACUUGCUGCUACAGCAAAACUAACAGAAGCACAAGCUGAGCUUAGGUUUUUCACGAAAUGUUUUCUUUAGUAGAUACUUUCUUUUGUUAGACCUUUUGAUGUGUUUGCAUAACAUGUUUUGGUUUCUACAUUUUUAUUAGCUCUGGUGACAUAUAAUUGCAAGAUUGCUCUGUUUGAAUGUAAGUUGAUGUGCUGUCUGUAUGGUGUUUAAGAUGUAAAAUUCCAAAGAAGAAGAGUUGGAGGAAGAUACUGAACUACUUAUAGGACCUGCCCCACCUGCUAUUGUUGCCGAAGCUGCAUCAGCAAAUGAAGCAGAGCGAUUUGAAGAGGUGCUUGAUUUUACCUGUAAUGCAAUCUUUAUCGUAUUUUAGCUGAUUUUCCACUUAUGUGGGACAACAUACUUUUAUUAUUCAUGGUUUUCCACUCAAAGUCUCCGGUCAUUCUGUCAUCAUCCGUUUUCCAUAAGUUCAGAAGUAGAAAGAAGUUUUAAGAAUAAAAGGAGAUGAUUUCCUCCUAAUCUCUUUGAUAUAUUGUGCUUCAUGCUCCUGAUCUUGUUGCUGACCUCCAAUGCUGUUACUGUUUUAAACAUUUUGUGUUUUUCUCUUUUGAAGUCUUCA